UAUCUCAUAGCUUAUUAUCUCCUGUCAAUUCUACGGAAACUAACACUGGAGUGUCAAAUGAAGAACUAAAGCAACAACUUCGGGAAGCUCUAGAGGAAGCUGAAAUUUUGAAAGUUGAGCUUGAAGCAUCUCAAAGACAGCUUGAAGGAAAAGAUGAAGCCCUAAGAAUUCUGCAGAGCAUGGCAGUAUUUGAUAAAGCCACUAGCCAUACAAAAGCAAUGCUUCAAAAAACUGAGGAAGAAAAGAGAACUUUAGAAAAGGAAAUAAAUAUCUUGCAAUGGGAAAUUGAAUUUGAUCAGGAUAGAUUUAAAAACAUAGAAGACACAUGGACAGAAAAAUAUGACAGGAUAUAUUGUGAAAAUGCCGCUCUUAAGGAAGCAUUGAAACUGAGAACAGAAGAAGUUAAAACUCUUAAAGAUGAAAAUGCAAUCCUGAAUCAGCAGUGCUUAGAAUUUCUUGCAAUGCUAGAUGUGGGACAACAGAAGGUUGUUCAGGAAAACAUGUCCUUGAAUAAAAGCGACAUUACAGAUUUUACAGGUCUUGAACUGGCAGUUCUUGGGGCGUGCACCUGCAGUACUUCCAGGGGCCAACCCUGUCCCUGUGCAAAAAUGGCAGCUGUAACUCGAAAGCAGCUUCUUCAGCUCAAGCAAGAGAUUGAAAAUUUGAAGAAGAGUAAAGAUGAAGCUUAUAUAAUGGCAGACGCCUUCAGAAUUGCUUUUGAGCAGCAGCUAAUGCAGAGGAAGGACCAAGCCCUGAGGCUUGCAGAAGUGGUAAAGGUUAAGAAGGAAACGAAAUUUAUGAACUGGAGACGUCUGAAAGAUGGUGGAUGUGUCAAGUUACACGGGAACAAAACCAGUCUGGGACAAAAAUUAUCCAGCCUCCUUUCAUCAGAUGUGGACUGCAAGAAAGUGGAAGAGAUAGACAAUCCUCAUGAAAUCCUGAAGAUGUUAAUAGAUUUGGUAAAUGACAAAGAGGAGGCUCUGGCUCAUCAAAGAAAGGUUAGUUACAUGCUAGCUCGUGCAAUGGAGACAAGAGAGGGUGUUUUGGAACCAAGUAAAGGAAAUGGCAUGCUGGGGCAUCAUCAGCACGAAGCCCAGGGGUCACCGGGCCCCGUACAUGCCUGCUGCCAAAGCCUCCCUUCCCAAAACAGUAUUUCCUCAGCUCCCAGUGCAAAAACAUUUGAAAAUCCAGUAAAAAUGCUUCGAAAAUCACACUCCUGGCCAUCAGAGACUACGCACAGUGACGAAAACGACAUGCGUGGAAAAGCAGAUGCAACUGUAGUGAUCUCCAGAUAG